AUGGAAGGUGAGAACGAAAAUGACCUAAGACUAUCAGCAUUAUGUAAGAGUUUAGGACACCUCUGGGCUGAAAGUGAUGUGGUCGAAGUUUCAACUGAAAUACCUCCAACUAAAAUGCAAGAAUGUAAUCUAACCCUAUUUGGGAAGUUGUUCUCCAAGCCACAUGUAAACUUCCAAGCUUUUACUACCGUAAUGAAGAAGGCAUGGAAAUCUGAAUCUGUUGUUUGCCUGCAAAAAGAGCUAGGAUUAUUUUCCUUCGUGUUUCAAUCUGAAGAAGAAAAAGAGAGAGUCAAGAAAACAGGCCCAUGGUCCUUUGGAAGCAAUCUAUUAGUGCUAAGACAAUGUGACCCAGAAGUACCAGAACAAUGUUAUGACUAUACUCGUUGUGCCUUCUGGAUUCAAAUGGGAGGGAUCCCACCAGGAUGGUUUAGAGAGGAAGUGGUGGCUGGAUUGGCUGAAAGAGUGGGUCGAGUUGUCGAGAUAAAGAUGGGGAAUAGUGGAAGUGGCCCACAAAAGGCAGGAAAAGUGAGAGUAGAAAUAGAUUUGAAUUCACCUCUGAAAUCGGGAGCAAUAUUGGAUAUAAGGAAGAAGAAGCUAUGGGUGGAGUUUAAGUACGAACGACUGCCACAUUACUGUUACACAUGCGGGAGAAUUAGGCAUUAUGCCAUUGACUGUGAGGAGAUUCCCUAUGAGUAG